AUGUCCUCUCCUCCAUACACGCUCAGCAGCGUAGUCCCACCCAAUCCGACGACGGUGCGCGGUCAGUCGACUAAGUUGGACGUCUCCCCAAACGGGGAUCGCCUAGUCUACACCAAUGGCCGUUCAGUCAUCAUCCGUCCCUUCCCCAACAACACAACGUCCUCAACUCCCGCUCCAACAAUCAUCUACUCACAACACGCCCAACCAGUCAGUGUGGCUCGCAUCUCCCCCUCAGGAGCAUACUGCGCCUCGGCCGAUUCCUCAGGCUUGAUCCGCAUCUGGGACAUCCUAGGCUCAGACCAGACGCUUAAAGCAGAAUAUCGUCCCUUUGCGGGGGCCGUACGCGAUCUAGCAUGGGAUGGCGAAUCCAAACGUCUCGCAGUAGUAGGACAAGGCAAGGAGCGCUUCGGUCACUUCUUCUUUGUCGACUCGGGCGCAAGCUGUGGUGAAGUGAGCGGGCAUGCAAAGGUCGUCAAUAGCGUGGCCCUGAGGGCACAGAGGCCUUUCCGAGCUGUUGCCGGUGGAGAUGACAACAACCUUGUCCUGUACAAUGGCGUUCCCUUCAAGUAUGCGAGUACAAUCAAGGAGCAUGCUCGCUUCGUGCAGGCUGUAGCGUACAGCAAGGAUGGAAGCCAUUUCGCCUCGGUGGGCAGUGACGGCAAGGUAUUGGUGUAUGAGGGGGCCAGUGGUGAGGUUAAAGGCAAGGCAGAUCUGGGUGCUGGUACCAUCUUCGAUGUCAAGUUUGCUCAAGAUGGCAAGACGCUCCUCACCUCGGGCGCAGAUGGCUUCGUUCGAUCCUUUUCUGUGCCAGACUGCGGGAAGUUGGGGGAAUGGGACCUUAAGGCUGGUCACGGAAAUGCAGGUGACCAGCUCGUAGGAUUGGCCCUCUCGUCCGCCUCUUUGGCUCUCGCUCUCAACCUAGCAGGCGAGCUCAUCACCUUCGACCCCUCCAAGCCCGGCUCCGCACCCAGCGGGAGGCACGUCGCCCCGACCAAGGGGAUCAGCGCCGCACUUCAGCUCAAAGAUGGGCAGGUGCUCGCCGCUUCGUGGGAUGGCAAUGUGUACAGCUAUCGAUCCAAGAAUGGCGGCAAGGAGUGGUCCGUCCAGCCCACGCAGGGGUACAAGGCGGGCGGACCAGUCGUCACAGCUUUGAGCCUCGCGCCGGGAGGAGAUGGGGUCUACGCAGUCGGAAUGGACGACGUCCUCCGUCGUAUCUUGGUCUCGUCUGCAGCCCCGCAAGUAGACAACACUUUCAGCGCAUCGCUGCCCUGCGCCGCUCGUGGAGCCCUAGCAGUUGACUCAGCGAGCGGGAUAGCAUACAUCGCUUCGGCCUCCUCCGACGAGGUGCUCGUUCUCUCUCCCUCUUCGCAAAAGUUCGAAAGACAAAAGGUACCCUGCACCCCGACCACCACCGCCGUUCUCGCAGACAGCUAUGUAGCCAUAGGCACUCAAGACGGGCGUGUCCUCCUCUACGAGCCUUCCGGCAAGAACAGGUCACUCGCAGAGCAAAGCCCACUCCUGACCUUGGAGCGCAAUCGUUCGGCCGUGACGCACCUCUCGUUCCAGCCCCUUCCCUCCUCUUCAUCGGGCAAUAGAGUCCUCACAUCAGCAGAUGGAUCAGGCAAGAUCCUCCUCUACUCCCUUCCCUCGGGCCAAGCUCUCGCAGGGGUCAACUGGGUCUUCCACUCUUCCCGUGUCGACAGUCUCUCAUGGCUGCCAUCAGCCGGUGGUGAGGAGGACGGAGUUGCUGUCAGUGGCGGGUUGGACACGCAUCUAUACCUCUGGGAGAGGAGCAGGCCGAUGGGCAAGAGGGAUGUAACCAAGAACAGUCAUGCAGGUGGGGUCGGGUGGGUUGACUUUGUGGGUGGGGAAAGGGAGCAGGUGAUCAGCGCCGGGAGUGAUGGGGCGUUGAAGGUGUGGCGUGCCCCGGCUGGCAAGUAG